GCCCGACUUUGCUUUGAUCUCCAGCUGCCUUUUAGCAAUAUUUGCUCACUACUGACACUAUUCUGUAGUUUGCAGAGGCAUCGCCGACUCAACGGCAACGACGAUCAUCUCCUGAUCCAUUUUAUUUGGAGAUCUGAAAGAAGAGUCAAGAUCUUCUCUCUUCUGCAAUCAGAUGGCGGUGUCACUGACAGUGGUGGGGGGAUGGUUCGCGCAGGCCUUCAUCCAGACCUUGAUCGAUAAGGCCAGCGACAAAGCCAUCCAACUGUUUGCCGAACGCCGGGGUUUCGCGGCGGACAUGGAAACUCUGUGCACGUCGCUUCUGGAGACUCAAAUCAUCCUUGACAAGGUACAGAGUAGUCAGAGCAACGACACCAAGUGGAAGACAUUGAUGCAGAAACUCAAGGAUGCUGCUUAUGAUGCUGAGGACUUGAUAGAUGAGUUCCAAUACCAUGUACUCAGGCAGAAGAUCAAUGGUGAAGAAGAGGACAAGGCAGUAAGUGGCUCCGGUGGCCUUCCAAACAUUUUUUCUGCUGCAAAAGAAAAGUUGUUUGGUUCUUCUCAUUCCUUGGAGGAAGAGGCCAUGAGAGCUAGCGUGGUGGAGAUUCAAGGAAGGCUGGAGAGAAUCGCUAACAGUAUGAAGAGCAUCAUGAAUGUGUUACCACCAAAUGAUAGAGGGAAGCAACCAGAUCAGAUGAAGUUUCAGUCCAGAGAAUCAUGCUCUUCCCCGGUGACGGACAUAUUGUUUGGUAGAGAUAAAGAACUAAAUCAAGUGGUAGACUGGUUGUUGGGGUCAGCUAAUCAGGUGGAACCAGCAUCGGGAUUUCUCAACGAUGCCCUAUCCGUGUUGCCCAUCGUCGGUAUAGGAGGGGCUGGAAAGACUACUCUUGCUCAGUAUGCGCACAAAGACAACAGAGUUCAAGAACAUUUUCAGCUCAAGAUUUGGGUCUGUGUGUCUGACAAUUUCACUGUGCAAAGACUCACUAAGUCUAUGAUAGAAUCAGUAACUCUUAAAAAAGAAUAUGAUAAUAUGGAGUUAGAAUCUCUUCAAAAAAUACUCCAUCAGCAUAUUGCACAAAAGAAGUUUCUGCUUGUUCUGGACGACUUGUGGAGCGAUAAUAAGAGAAUCUGGGAGAAAUUCUGUGCACUACUUAAAGUCGGAGCUUAUGGUAGCAAAAUCAUUGUUACGACUCGAGAUAUGAAAAUUUCUAAAAUGGUUAGCAUGGUGGAACCAAUCUUGCUUCAUGGUUUAGACGAAGAUACCUUUUGGCAAUUGUUCAAGAAAUGCUCAUUUGGCACACUUAACCCUGAAGAAUAUCCGGAGCUAGAAGACAUUGGUAGAAAAAUUGUUCGCAAGUUGAAGGGCUCACCAUUAGCUGCAAAGACACUCGGCGGUGUUCUGCAAUCAAAUUUAUGUCAGCAACACUGGGCCACCGUAAUGGAGAGCGACAUAUGGAAAGUAAAACAAGAUGAAGAUGACAUUAUGCCAGCCCUGCAUUUAAGUUAUCAAUAUCUUAAUGAAAAUAUGAAGCAGUGUUUUGCUUUUUGCUCGGUGUUCCCUAAAGACUACAGAUUUGGUAAAGCUGAGUUAGUUCGAAUGUGGAUGGCUGAAGGCUUCAUCAAAGAUAAAAAUACAAAGAGGAUGGAAGAUGUUGGAAGCGACUAUUUUCUUGAGUUUGUUAACAAGUCUUUCUUUCAAGAAUACGAAUUUGGUGCAUUUGUGAUGCAUGACCUUGAAUACGAAUUUGGUGCAUUUGUGAUGCAUGACCUUAUACAUGAUUUAGCUGAGAUGAUUUCUGCGGAAGAGACUUGUAGGAUUAAAAAUAACAGACAAACAAAGAUGCUUUCCACUAUUCGGCAUCUUCGAGUAGAAGAAGAAGAAAAAUUGCCGUUGGAGUUCUCUGGAUACGACAAGUUACACACCUUGCUGUUGAGAACAAAUUCACCUCCCGAUAACCUUUUUGAAAAAUUAAGAAGCAUUCGCAUUUUGGAUGUAAGUUGGUGUGACUUGGAGGAGUUAUCUGAACAUAUUGGUAAAUUGAUUCACCUCCGUUACCUUGAUAUAUCAUGGAAUUCUAAAAUUAAAAUUUUGCCUGACUCAUUAUGCGACCUUUAUAAUUUGCAAACACUGAAGGUAAACGGUUGUUCUAAACUGGAGUCUAUACCACAAGAAUUGGGUAAGUUGGUCAAUUUGAGACACAUUGAUGCAGGUUACGAGUUUUGGAAUAUGAUAAAGCUGGAUGUACAUAGACUAACUAAUCUUCAAGAAUUGCCAACAUUUAGUGUUCGAGAGGAUGAUGAACUCAAGCUUGGACGACUAAAGGAUUUGACACAGCUUCAUGGAACACUUCGUAUUCAAAAUCUUGAGAAUGUUGUUGAUAGCAAAGAAGCACAGCGGGCUGGGUUAAAGAGCAAAGUCCACCUAAAAAAAUUGGUGUUGGAAUGGAAUUAUUGGAAACUGCAUGGUGGGAAGGAUGCCAUAUUGGACGAGGAAGUAAUUGAAGGUCUGCAGCCACACGAAUCACUUAAAAUGUUGAAAAUUAGAGGGUACAAUGGAGGUAGGUCGCCUAGUUGGUUGAUGCCAAAAGUUCUAUCCAAUUUGGAAAAACUUGAAUUAGUAAAUUGCAAGGGAUGGGAUGAUGUUCUGCCAUUUAUUGGUCAACGUUUGCAUCUAAUUGAACUUCGUAUGGAAGACAUGCCUGCUUUGAAACAACUGAGUCAUGAAUUUUCAGGCAAGUGUUUUCCAAAGUUGAAAGUGCUUAAUUUAUUGAAUUUGCCGGCAUUGGAGGAGUGGUCUUGGACUGAGGGCAAAGAUCUAUUUCCCUGCAUGCGUGAACUUCGUGUCAGAGAUUGUCCCAAACUAAACAGAUUACCUUCCUUCCCUCCUUCCCUAGAAAAAUUGAAAAUAUCAUGGUGUCCCAGUCUCAUAUUUAAUAGCAAAAUGAAAGAUGACGAGGAAGGUGGCUGCUAUCUACCGCCCGCAGUCAAGGUAUUAGAAUUGGACAACUGUGGCGAAUAUUCAAAACUUUUGCUUGAAUGCUUGUCCAACCUUCAUUUAGUUACUCGAUUGACCAUAAGGCAUUGCCCACAUAUAACGUCUAUUCCUCCGGUUCAAUUGGUAGAACUGCAAUAUUUGUACAUCUCUAAAUGUGAUGAGUUGAGACGGAUGGAGUGCUUAGGACUCCUUAAAUCCCUCGAGCGAUUGAAGAUCGUAGGAUGUCCUAAGCUGGUUCAGUUGGAUGUAGAAGAUGAACAAGCAGCGAGGUUGUUGUCAUCUCUGCGUUAUUUAUGCGUGGACAACACUGCUCUGCUUAAAAUGUUUCCUCUGAGAAACUCACUGUCAUUCAUCACAGAACUUGAAAUCGAAUCAUGUCCUGAGGAGAUGAUAUUUGAGGAACCGAUAUUGGUGCGGAGCCUCACUGCUGUUACAUCACUAAGCUUCAAUUGUUGCGAUAAACUACAAUCUCUGCCGACUGAACUGCUGCAUUGCCUUCCCUUUUUAAAAAAGUUAAUGGUGUCUAACUGUCCACAGCUCCAAUCACUGCCAGAGAUAGGACUUUCUCCCUUUCUCAAAACACUAGAAAUAUGUAACUGUCCACAGAUUCAACCGAUGCCAGAGGAUGGGCUUCCCAUGUCACUAGAUGUUUUCCAUUGCUCAGGCAAUGCUCAUCCAACGCUGAUGAAGCAUUAUAAAAAGUUCCACGCCGAUAGAUGUAGAUAGGAGAGUUAAGAGCAAGGUUGGAAUUGGAAUGACAACUGGGACGAUUCAAUUAAUUAUCACAAGAAGGAUCUGGUUCUUCAAGGACAUGCUAUGCAUUAAAAAAUGGUAAAAAUAUCUAUUGGAGUUUGCUGAUAAUAAUAUUCAAGUGAUAGUUUCGUGAUAUGUUCUUAUGGUGAUAUAUGAUGUAUGUCUUUAGAAUAGUUUACUAUGGGAACAAAAUUUACGAUUGUGUGUAAGUAUGCAUUUCUUUAAUUUUCAUUGUAUCUGUGUGAACUU